AACUUGGUCACUUAAAACCAAAUAAGAGACAUCAGAGUACUGGUCAUUUAAGGAGUGCUGCUUGCAGCCUAGAGAUAAGUGAUCCUUCAUCUGGAGCGUCAGUAGGGGAGGCUUUCUUUGCUCUUCCAACUCGCUCUUUCCUUUUUUGCUCCUGUUCUCCAUUUUUCUAGUCCUUUGUUUCUCCCUGUCUGCAACGUUCUUCAAUCAAAUCAUGGCUCCUACCUUGGCCACAGCCUUUGCCAGGCGCUGGUGGAUGGCAGUGACUGCUAUCAUUGAGAAUCUGCUGUUCUCCGCUGUGCUGCUGGGAUGGGGAUCACUCCUCAUCAUGCUCAAGUCAGAGGGCUUCUACUCUUACCUCUGCAAUGAGGAGGGUAACAGUUCCAGCUACAAUCUGUCCAAACCUUUGCCCACGCCAUCAUCUGAGGAGUAUGUUGACUACUAUGAAACUGAGGGGGAAGUGGUGGGUUUGGGAGAUGGGGUGGAGAUGAAGCCACUAGUUCAUGCAGAUGGGCCUCUGAGGAUGAAUGGCUGGCUGAUCUGUAAAGAACAGGAUGAGAUGCUGAAUCUGGCUUUCACCGUGGGAUCAUUCCUGCUCUCAGCCAUUACACUGCCACUGGGUAUCGUCAUGGACAAAUAUGGGCCUCGCAAGCUUCGACUGCUGGGCAGCACAUGCUUUGGCUUUUCCUGCCUACUCAUUGCUUAUGGAGCCUACAAACCAAAUGACCUCUCCGUUCUCAUCUUCAUUGCCCUUACUUUUAAUGGCUUUGGAGGCAUGUGCAUGACCUUCACCUCCCUCACACUCCCUAACAUGUUUGGAAACCUCCGUUCAACUUUCAUUGCCUUGAUGAUCGGUUCCUAUGCUUCCUCUGCUGUCACCUUCCCUGGUGUCAAGGUCAUCUACGACUUGGGCAUACCUUUCAUCACCAUCCUGGUGGUGUGGGCUGCCUGUGCUGGACUGGUUUUUUUGAACUGCUUUUUCAACUGGCCACUGGAACCAUUCCCUGGGCCAGAGGACAUGGACUACACUGUUAAGAUCAAGUUCAGCUGGCUUGGCUUUGACCAUAAAAUCACAGGGAAGCAGUUCUACCAACAGGUGACCACAGUGGGCCGCCGCCUGAGCGUGAGCAGCAACGUGAAGCAGAAGGAGCUGGUUGGUAAAGACGGACGCAAUCUCUGCCUCUCCACCAUGGACCUGGAAAUGGACUGCAAGCCAAAGGAAGAAUCGGAAUCAUUCCUGAAAAGCAUCUCGAGCCCAAUUUUUAUGCUCAGCGCGCUGACCAUGUCUAUCACUCAGCUUCGUCUCUUGUUCUACAUGGGAGCCUUGAACAGCGUUCUGGAGUCACUCACUGAUGGAGACCUCAACACAGUGGAAAAGAUGGAAGUCGUGAGUCUGUACUCUUCCAUCUUUGGUGUGCUGCAACUGCUUUGCCUGAUGACCACUCCUGUGAUUGGUCAGAUCAUGGACUGGAAACUCAAGGAAUGCAGUGAUGGGGAAGAUGACAAAGAACCCCUUAGCAAGGGUGAAACAAAGAAAAAGCGCAGAGACAAGAAGACCCAGAAGGUGACCAAUGCCCUGCGAGCAUUCGUCCUUACAAACAUUCUUUUGGUGGGAUUUGGUAUCACCUGCUUAGUGCCCAAUCUCCCAUUGCAGAUUGCGUCAUUUGUCUUACACACUGUGGUGAGAGGAUUCAUUCACUCUGCGGUUGGUGGCCUUUAUGCUGCUGUGUAUCCAUCCUCACAGUUUGGCAGCUUAACGGGGAUGCAGUCUCUGGUUAGUGCUGUGUUCGCUCUGCUGCAGCAACCCCUGUUUUUAGCUAUGAUGGGACCCUUGGGGGGAGAUCCAUUCUGGGUCAACAUUGGACUCCUUGGACUCAGUCUUCUGGGCUUCUUGCUGCCUCUUUACCUAAUCUGCUACAGACGGACCCUCAACAAACAACUAAAGCAGAAAGUGGAUGAUGCUAAAAUAUAUAUCAAAAUCAACGGAUCAGAUAUCCCAGAGGCUUUCGUCUAGAAAUAAACAAAAACAGACACAGAGAAAGAAGAAGAUGCUGAGAAACAUGGGCAAGCUAAUAAUGCAUGCACAUAAGCAUGAAAUUUGUCCUAAAAUAACAUGUUAAGGUUCAACAUGUAAUUGUUAAACUUCAUCAUCAAUUACACACUAACAGACUGUGACAACCAGUUUUCCAAAUCCAAAAAAGAAAAGAAAAACUAUGUGAUAGCUGUGACAAAAAUGAGUCCAAUGGACAGUUUGUGAGGAGAAAAGUAAACUAUGCAGCGAGAAUGUAGAACAAGAGAGAGAAAAGACUGUGAAAGGAAAGAGGCAUGAGCCGGCUGUACUCCCCCAGAUCUUCAGAGCUCUCUCUUUGUUUCAUCUUUUUUGAGCUGCAGACAUGCCCAACUGCUUUUCCAGGUUUUAAACUACUCUAGCAUCUCCACGUGAGCAGAAAAGGGUGGACAUUCCUUCUGCGACAGCAGUAAGAUUGUUUAACAACACCUUCAGAAACCAAACUCACUGUAAUCAGCAGGUGAUGCUGUUUGUGAGUCUGGAUUUUGACUUUAUUUUAUAUAAUGAGAGCAAAUCAUCCUGAUCCAUCAUGGAAGCAUGGUGCUACCUAGCAGUCCAUCAUCUGAAUUUCUCCAACAGAUGGUGACAGGUACAUGUGGAGUGAAUUAAUGAGUGAAAGAUGCGAUAUUGCUUGUGUUUCUUAGACAGGUAGAAAAGACAGUCAUGAUUCUAGAGUUGAAUUUUUGCUUUUUUUUUUUUAAUUCUUUGAAUGGCUAACAUCUGAUGACACUAUUACUGUAGCGUAGAAUAUACUGUAGUAUUGAUAGAAUGUCAGUAUUUCUGUCAAAACAUAUAAAAAAAGCUGCUGUGUUUUGUUAAAAAAGCAAUUUGUUCAUGUAUGUUUAGACUAUAUAUCUUAUUUUCUGCUUUAGUUUUUUUAUACCUUUACCAGGGGCACCUUUUGAAUGUACCCUUGUGUUUAAAAAGCACAUUAGUUCACUGAAUUUUUACCCAAAAGUAGUUUCCUUUUGCAUCACAACUCUAUUAACAGUAUACUCAAAGCUUUCCAGUGGGUUAGGGUGUGUCCAAAGUGUGUGUCCAAGUGUGUCCAUAAAUCUGUUGUCAUUCAGAUGUAUUAGCUUGAGUCAGUAUUUCAUCCAGGCUGUCUGCAUACUGUAAAGAGAAAUACAGCACUUUCCUCAUUUUUUUUCCCCAACACAAACUCGGCUCAUUUUGGCACUUUCUCUUAAUGCUUCCCUUGGGAAACAGAACCCCUUUACCUUCAAGUUGUAUUUAUUUUCUUUUACACUUCUGUCAUUAGUUUCUUGGUGUAUUUAAAUUAUGCUGUCCUACUUGGAUGUCUGAAUAUGAAUUUUUUUGUUUGCAUAAAUCUCCCUCUACCACCACAGAGGAUAAUGUAGAGAUCCAUGUAUAAUGUGGACGAAUUUGUGGGAGUUAAUAAAUUCUUUUUUUGUGCUUUUUU